UGAAGGACCCCGGGCCCGUCAGCGGGCGGAACAUGUUCGCUUUGGUCCGCUUCUUAGAUGAUAACGUGUGUCGCACGUUACCCGCGGCCCGGAUGCCCGGCUUCCUGCCCAGCUCGACGGAAGAUUUUGAUAAGCGGAAGGUUUACACCGUGUACCGGAGCCCGGAGGAGGCGGAGGCCGAGGGGAAGGCUACGCUGCAGAGGGCGCAGAUCCUGGCACUGGCAGAAAACAAAACUGAUCUGGAAACUCACGUAAUGCAGAAAAAAAUCAAAAUCCCCAAGCUGUGUCUGAACCCCUCGGAAGGGUCCUGGGAGUUUAAAGAGAAUGAAGAGGAGGAGGAGGACGGCGAGCAGCGGCGGCGGCACAGUAAGAGACCAGACGGGAGGAAACAAGUAGAAGGAACCCGCAAGAGCAUUGAAGCUGUGGUGGCCCGCUUGGAGAAACAGAACAGUGUGCCAUCGAGUCACCACUCCAGCUGUGAGGACCUCUUCCUGGAGCCCUGUCCGAUGGCAGGACACAUGGACACACUGGAAGAUGCUUUGAUCCCCAGAGUUUUAUAUGAGGAGUUGCUGAGGAGCUAUCAGCAGCAACAGGUGGAAAUGAGGCACAUCCAGCAUGAGCUGGAAAGGACUCGGAGGCAGCUGGUUCAGCAGGCCAAAAAACUAAAGGACUACGGGACAUUAGUCACAGAAGUGAAGGAACUCCGGGUCCUUAACAGAAGACUCCAGGAUGUGUUGUUGCUUAGACUGGGCAGUGUCUCUCCCUGGAAUUACAGAUCGAAUGGAAUUCAUGGUUCAUCUCCGGUCGCAAUAGUUCCCGAAAAUACAGACAUUUCCGAAACAAACGAAGGAUUCACAAUGGAAUUAAAGACAGAAAACCCAGAACUGUGCGAUCCAGAACCAGAACUACAGAAGCCAGUCCCUGAAGAGGCAAACACGUCCUCCUCCUAUCCUACUCCAUCCCCUGUCCUGGACAAAUACAUUCUGGAGAAUGGGAAGGUCCAUCUGGGAAGCGGUGUAUGGGUGAACGAGGAGAAAUGGCACCAACUGCAGGCAACACAGGGAGAUUCCAAGUACACCAAGAAUCUGGCUGUAAUGAUCUGGGGCACAGACGUCCUGAAAAACCGAAGCGUCACCGGCGUGGCUACAAAAAAGAAAAAAGAUGCAAGUCCCAAACCUCCGCUGUCGCCUCACAAACUAAGUGUUAUCAGAGAAUGUGUGUAUGACAGAAUAGCACAAGAGACUAUGGACGAGAAUGAAAUUGCACAAAGGCUCUCCAAAGUCAACAAGUACAUCUGCGAGAAGAUAAUGGACAUCAACAAGUCUUGCAAAAACGAGGAAAGGAAAGAGGCGAAAUUCCUCCUCCAAUAAAUCUGUUACGUUUUGUAAGUUGGGGGUGAUUGUCUUCUUCUACCUGUUGCCAGUGUUUUGCCUGUUUCGCAGCGUGAACCAAAACACAUGCGUGACAUGACACUUAUGUGAUCGUAGGCGCGGACGCUGCAGCACAACAACGCAUUUCUUAGCGGCAGAGAAUUGCGAGUUCUUAUCGACAGUGGAACUAAAAACGCUAAUUCAUGUUUGACUCCGUCACGGGAUUUUCUGCCUCUGCUCUCCAGCCGCUCAGAUUUUUACCGCCAGUUCUAGUUUGCGUCGGAGCUGCUCAUGUUUUGCACUCUUCACUGCCAGGAUUUGCCAAAAUUUAAAAUGUUGCUAAAAAUUGUGUUUUAAAAGUAUUUCCCUCUAAUAUAUGAAAAAAAAAGUUGUAUUUAAAUAUUAACCCUUGAACAUAGCGAUACGGAUCCUAUGUAGAGUAACUGGACAAUGUUUCUUUUCAGUCUGAGAAAGAUAAGUGAUAACCCAUAUACUGUAUAAUCCACAAGGGCAGCCAUAUUGUUUCUGGUGACAUGGCAACAAUAAGUGGCUGUUCACACGCAUCAAAAUUAGCCACCCUCACAGUUUCUGCAGCGGUUGUUCACUGUAGAUGCUGCAGGACCUCUGUGGCUUUAAGCAAUGUCCGUGCAGACGCCAUACCAAGAAGGGACAUGCCCCUUCUUGAUGCGGUUGCAGCUUUAAACCGCUGGUCCGAGAACUGCAGCACUGCUUUCCAUUGAAAAGAAUGGGAGGCAGACAUCAUGCGGCUGCCGGCAGAAUUGUGGCUCUGUGUCCCCACCAAAAUUCCACCUGCAAAUACCUCCAUGUGAACGGCCCCUUAUAGCUCCUGGAAGGCUUGGUGCUAACUUUCUCAGACUCCUGAAGUCAUUUCAUGCACAGACCCUGUACGAGGGUACACAGAUCCCAAGCCGAGUGGAAAGGUAA